CGUGACGUGGCAUUAUGGAUUUGUUUGACAUCUCGAUCGAAACGGAUGGAAAUAUAAUUUUUAACGGAUAUCCGUGCACGAAGAUCACACACGUAAUGUUAGAAACGACAUAACAGGUUACAUGAUAUUUUACCAAUUAAGCGAAUCGAUAACAAAAAAAAAUAUUGCAGCUCUGAAAAAAUUUCUAUCCCAAUUCUCGCAAGGAUUCAGUCAGGUUGAAAAUGUCGAAAGUAAAGGAGUGCUGGGCUUCGACAGGACAACAAAUUAACAUGCACACGAUUGGUCUCCGUCGGAUCCAGCGGCCGGUUGGAUCGAGAAGAAAAUUCCUAUACGGACGCCGCGCAAUAAACAUGGAACAUUUGUUUCGCGGCGUCCCCCGGGCCCCGCGAGAACCGCCUACCCCCCUCCCCCCGCAUUGGCUCCUGGCGCUCCUGCUCCAACUCCGCUCGCGGCUCGGUGCUCAACUGCUCAGCCUCAGUGCACUAUCCGCCGUAAACGCGGUAAACGUAGCGCGGUAGCCAGCGGUAGCGAUGCGAGCAGAUGCGAGAAGCGUUGUUGCACGGACUCUGGUAUGUGUUGCCUGUCGUCGACGCGAGUGUCUGUGAAGCCCUGCGAGUGUACAAGAAGUGUUGUGCGCGGGUUGUCGUCUAUCACGAGUGAUUCGCCGUUGUUCCCUCGGCCGGAGACUCCUUCUACGCAGGUACGCGCGUUUUCACGGCGACGCUACGCGGGCAGUUGACUGCUGUGUGGACCGAGUUCGAAACAAGAGUCGCGGGGAGUGAGAGCGAAAGGAAAAAAAAGAAAGGGAAAAAAAGAGGGAGAAAGAAAGAGACGGAGAGAGGUGGUCCGGCGUUUUGGCAUUUGGCUCGUCCCCUCGUCCCCCGGAAGUGCGCGAGACUGUCGACGAUGCGGCGGCCGCUCACCUUCCCCGGCCGCCGAACCAUCAUCUCCCGCGCACGCAUCGACGACGGGGCGGCGUAACCUCCAAAGUUGUGUUUGAGGCUUCCUGGUGGCGGCCUCCUCGUGAUGCUCCCUCCUGACAUAAAACCUGACCACCCGGACGACCAACGUUACGCAGAUGGCUCGUCCUACUUCGAGCGUGACGUGUCUCGAGCCGCUCGCUGGUCAACUCCCGCGUAAACCCAGCUCGCUCGUCGCCAACGGCAGUCCGGGUGGAUAAUAAUCCCUCCUUCCUCCCUCCUCCGGCUUAGCUGGUGCGCGUCUCUUCUCUCCGAAAUCCGUUCUCGCGCGCGUGGUAAUUAAUUCGUUGCCUGCUUGUUUGUUUCGACAGCGCAACCAUGAACACUACGAUGAGCACCGUCGCGAGUGCUGGUGCUGGUGGUGGUGGUGGUGGCGGCGGCGGCGGCGGCGGAGGCGGCGGCGACAAGCGUCUGCCGGAGACGCAGACCGUACAGACCGUGGCGCAAAACUUAACGACAAUGCAACAGAACGUGCAGAGUGUGCAGAGCGUGGUACAAAGUAAUAUACAGAGCAUUCAGCCGACCCAGACUAUCGUAGGGACGCCCGGUGGUCUGGUGGGCAAAUCGGUGUCACUGGACAUAAACCCGAAGCUCUCCUUGAUGAAGCCUGUGGUACCUUCCGGCACCACCUCAUCCACGGAAACCAGUAAAAUAACAACAACGUUAUGUUCUAUAGGAUCUACAGUAAAAAUAAUAUCACCAGGCAUAUUAAGUACCGUGGAGAGGCAACUCCCUGCGCAGACAACGCAGUUGUCGUCGAACACGAUCGUACAUCCAGUCAGCAUGCCAGCCACGUAUCACGUACCGCGAGGACCUGCCGCGGUUGCCAAUAUCUCUGCGCCCAGAUCGACAGUUGCCACUCCUAUUGUCAGGACGAGUACAGGACAGAUUGUCCCUGCUACUAGACCAGGCAAUACACCAAUCUCCAAUCCCCAAUGGCAACCUAAGACAACUUCCGUCGCGUUAUACGCGCAACCACAAAGACAUCCUACACCUCUUGUCGGCAGCAGAGUCGUCAGGCCAUCGCCUACCACUGUGUACACGGGACAGCAGUCGCGACUAAUCUCGCCGGGGAUGAUCGCCAAUCAAGGAAGAUCUGUUCAAGCUACCAUGGUCACUGGUAGUCCGUCCAGGUUAAUAGCGCCCGUCUUGCAAACUACUAAUCUUACCAGACAUCCAGUCGCACAAAACAGACCGCCGACGCCGCAAGUAGUAACUGUGUCACAGACUUCGCAACCCACCAGAUCGUCGGCACAAACUAUCCAACCUACCCAGUCUAGCAGACCUUUAACUACAACGGGUACGACGAAACGUAUAGCUGUAUCAACACCUAUCGUGGAGACAGCGAACAGAAUAAACACAGCUUCGACAGUCACUAUUGGUUCAGUCGAACCAACAGUAGGUCGACAAAUGUCAAUUAGUGGUAGCACAGUUGCUGGACCAUCAACCGUUAGCCAUAUCGUUAUACCUUCGCAACAGGUUCAACCACAACAAGGUGCGCCACGCGUCGUUCAAACCGUCACGUCCCUGUCAAGUCUCAGUACUGUGCCGCAAGUAAUUACAACGACCACGAAUACACAAUCGAAUGCGAUGCGAAUACUACAAACAGUUCCGACCACUGUUGCGAAAAUCGCGGGAAUGUCCUUACAUCCUUUACCUAUUGCUCUACCAGUAAAGACUGCAUCGGCGCCGAUUAAAACUGUUCCCGCACAAACCCAAAAUAUUGGACAAACAACCGUCCAAGUCAAACCGGCGCCACAAGCCAACUUACGUAUGUCGUCCACUAAUAGCAGUACAGUUACGAGUUCUGCUCAGCCGGUCCAAGGACAAUACAUACAUCCACCGCACACCACUACUACGUAUCUUUCAUUUGAAACUACAGGAACAUACUCACAAUUUCGACAGGCUUCCGUGCAGCCGGUAAGAUUAGUUGUUGAACCAGGAUAUGAGGAACCUCACGGUAAACCUAAUGCAUCUCCCAGACCGAGCAUUUUGAGAAAGAGAGAUCAUGACAAUUCACCAGUUAAAGGUGUGGCUAAAAAUUUAGUUCCUGUACUAGCAUCUUUGCCAUCAAGUAGAUCAAUGUCCAGUCCACCAUGCUCGCCAAAAGGUGAUCAGGAUGGUGGCUGCCAGAGUUCUGGGUCCACAACGGUAUCCGCUACAUCUUCGCCAGGUCUUGAUGAGGAACUUGACCAAUCCAGAAUUACUAUCAAUCCCACUAUAGAAAUGUCACCAAGAAAAAAACCUCGCAAGCAACAGCUUACAGGUGUAGAAUUAACUGAACCUAGAUGUACAGAGGAAGAGAUGCAAUUUAUUACAGAGGAAAAAUUGAAAAAAGAGAUCAAAGAGGAAUCAAAAGAGAAGUUGUCUGACAAAAGGCAACCCUCCAAUGUACAAAGUGAUAUUAGGUCAUCUACUCAACAAACAGAAAUUACAAUACGAACACGGCCUGUACCAAGUUUAUUAGGCUCUUCUUGGAAAUGCAAAUGGUCAGUUAGAUUACAUCAUUACAGAAGACCUAGCGAUGUCCGACCUCGAGAAGAAAGACGACCAACGGUCGCUGAACUAGCGCAACAGAAGCAUGUAUUACAGAAAUUGAAUGGAUGGAAAAUCUAUCAUCUCACUACACAAAUGGAAGAUAUCGCAACCCUUGAAAAACAGGUCCAUGAAAAAUUAAAGACGACACUCAUGUUGCUGGAAUCACAACAAACUGUUAAAAGUAAACAUAACGAUGGUCUCGAACGUGUGAAUGAACUAAUUAAGGGCAACAUGCAACGCAGUAGUUUAAUCAGUGAGGGCAUGAACGAAGCACGUACACAGCUCGUCGCUAUAUUUCAACAUAAAGGUCCUAUUACUGAUCUAUUGCAACGCUGUGGUAACAAACGAGCACAGAAAAAGAGAGAUAAAUGAACUGUCGAGCUGAAUAAAUACGUGAAAUCUUUAUAAAUGAACUUUGUUCAAGGAAAGUUCAAAAGGGAGCUAUUUUUAUCUGUGUCACAGAUUCUAUAUAUAGGAAUAAAUAAAUGGUUUUAUAAGUCUAAAAGACAUGACUAUGUCGCUUAUACAUAUAUAUAUAUAUAAUAUGUUUAUAAUUUUAUUAUAUAAAUCUAUAACAUUUUUAUUUUAAUAUAAUACUUCUUACUCCUCUCUA